AUGGUUCUAUGGCCUGAAGCUCUCUCCACUCCACCUUGCUUGCCCAUGCUCGUUCCUCCCUCCCUCCUCUGCAUACCCCAAUCCCCUUCCAACAACCCACACCUUUCCAGCUCUUCCAACCCAUCAAGGCAGUGCGCUACAGUAUGCUCCUCCCCUCGCCCUACCCCAUUUCCCUCCCUCAUUGCAUUCCUCAUUGCCUCUUCCUCCUUCUCUACCCUCCAUUCCACCACCCAAAAUCCCACACCUUUCCACCUCUUCCAGCGCAUCAUGGCAGGGCCCUAUGCAUUCACAAUCUUCCCCACCCCACUCACCUCCUCCCACCCCACUCACCUCCUCCCACCCCACUCACCUCCUCCCAUUCCACUCAUCUCCUCCCACCCCACUCACCUCCUCCCACCCCACUCAUCUCCUUCCACCCCACUCACCUCCUCCCACCCCAAUCACCUCCUCCCACCCCACUCAUCUCCUCCCACCCCACUCACCUCCUCCCACCCCACUCACCUCCUCCCACCCCACUCAUCUCCUCCCACCCCACUCACCUCCUACCACCCCAAUAAUCUCCUCCCACCCCACUCAUCUCCUCCCACCCCACUCACCUCCUCCCACCCCACUCACCUCCUCCCACCCCACUCAUAUCCUCCCACCCCACUCACCUCCUCCGACCCCAAUCAUCUCCUCCCACCCCACUCAUCUCCUCCCACCCCACCCACCUCCUCCCACCCCACUCACCUCCUCCCACCCCACGCACCUCCUCCCACCCCACUCACCUCCUCCCACUCCACUCACCUCCUCCCACGCCACUCACCUCCUCCAGUCCUCCUCCUCUGCCCGCCAUCACCCUCUCGUCUGCUCCCACACCAUACCAGCCAAGCAGCAGCACUAUUGUCAUCGCAUCUCCAGGCAGCAUCCUUCCCUCUCUUCCACAUCACCUACACUGAUGUGCUGUCACCCAGUCCCCCACCUUCUCCCCCGUCCCUAUGGCCCACUCCCGUCCUGUUCGGCCUAUAUAUUUGCCUCCCCACUCUCGCUCCCAAUCUCCCCUCUCCUGCACCUAGCAGUGCCAUGCCCUCGCCAUAA